AUACGACUCUGCAAAGCUUUGCAUAAACCAAAUGACAGAUGAUAUGAUGGCAAUGAAGACCAGGCAUGAAGAGAUGAUCAAGGAACUGGAGAAGAACAUUCUCAUGGCCUCACGAGAAAAUCAGGAACAAACAAAGAUUAAAAUAAGGAUAUAUUACCAAAAUAAGUUUAACACCCUGAAGAGAAUCCUGGAUGUUUAUCAGGAAAAGGUGGGCAGAAGAAAUGCAUUCUGGGAAGAGAAGGUUAGGACUCUGGAGAGUCUAAAUAAUGGCCUUCAGGAGCAACACAAAGUGCUUCACCAGAGGAACAGAGAAGAUUUAGCAGCAUGGGAUGGAGAGAAGAACAAGAUGAUGGAAUUGUUUUCCUCCAGAUUGGAUCUCCUUCAUAACCAUCAGGCUUCAACACUUCAGGAGCUGCAGUUGGCCAGGGUAGAGAUGGGGAAAGUCCAGGAGAUGCUGGAAUCCUCUCAGGAGAAGAAAGAACCAGAAAGUGAAGAAAAGGACUGCAGAAACUCAAAUGAACCACUAGAGGGAGCACAGGCCCGUCUGGAGGUUCUGAAGGGUGACCUGCUGAAGAGAGAAAGGGAGAUCUCAAUGCUUCUGGAAGGAAAAGAGGAUGUAACAGAUUCUGUUGAACAGUCAGCAUAUGCUCACCUCCUGAGUGCUGUUAUUAAACAGGCUCAUCGUGUUUAUACUGAGCUGACAGAGGCUAAACAGCAGUUUGACCGGAUGUCAGAAGACAACCAAAAAACCCUGGUAGAGAUUAAAGAAAGCCAACAAAAAGCCAUAGAAGAAUCCAACCAGAAGAGUCAUGAGGAACAGGAGGUGGAGCCCCAGGUGGAUGAUGGAUCACAGACCAGUUUAAAGCACCAUGAGGUCAUACAAGUGGCUCUGGAGUGCAUCAAAGCUGGGACUGUCAUUGAGUCUGACAUGAAUGAGGCGUGGAAAGUAGAGCUGGAUGAAAGAGUCAGGAAGUUUGAGGAAAAUUUCUGCAAGAAUGGACGGUUAAACUGUGAUAUUGAGAAGGGUGUGGGCCAGCAGCUGCUCUUAUUGCAGGCUGAGUUAAAGCAGAUCAAAGAGGAAAACAAGAAGAUUGUUGAGAACUACACAGCUGAAAGGACCAUGAGAAAGAAGUAUUACAACAUGGUGGAGGACAUGAAAGGCAUAAAACAUUCCCCACAUAUAUCUUCAGUGCAAACAUAGAAAUUUGUUUAUAUAGAAACUGUUCCCAGUCACGACAUGCCCAGAAACUCCUUUUUUGGCUAUUUACAAGUCUUUGGGCCAGAUACUGUGUUUCAAAGACUCUUGACUGGUUUCCCAGACAUUCUUCUCCUGUAUUCAAAUCCAACAGUAAUAGAUGAAUAUCAAAAACUAAGGGCAUUUUGUGUUCUUGUGUAAAGAUUUUGAAUGUCUUUGAAUUAUUGAGUAAUAUUAACACAAACCGUAUGUAGAUAAACUCUGCACAUGUUAAUAAAGAAUCAAGGUGCUUAGCACAACCUUUUAUUAAAACCUGUGCAGAUACAGAAGGUAUAAUUUUUGACUCCUAUAACGACUGACUUUGACUUUAUGUUCGGUCUUUUAAAGGUAAGAUCAGGGUGUUUUGUCGAAUAAGGCCCCUGACACGCACAGACCAAGCGCGAAGAGGUCACACCAUAGUGACUUGUCUUGAUGACUAUUCUGUGAUCCUGGAGACGCCUCGGGGACCUCGUGAG